AUGGCCCACAGAUUACUCGUCAACGUCAUUUUCACAGGUGCCUCGGUAUUCGGGCGUGCCUUCACGGAAGCAUACAAACAAGCUGCUAAGGCUAGCCAAAUCCACAGGUGGAAUCCCAUCGAUGAGGCCAUGAAGAUUUUGGAUAUUGAGAAGGAGGAGCUUUCUCUUGAAGAGAUCGAAAAGAAGUAUGAAUACCUCUUCGAUGUGAACUCCAAAGAGAAGGGUAACUCAUUCUUCCUUCAGUCGAAGGUGUACUAUGCGUCAGAUACUUUGCGUAAGGAGCUAGAGUAUCUACAAAAGAUGAGGGAGGCCAAGGAGGGCAAGCAGGAGGCGCUGUGA